AUGAAGUCCAGUAAGACAAUACGGCAGAGACAGCGGUGGAUCGCCGCAAGUCCCCCGCCGCCCGCCCUGUUCGAUUUGCCUUGGCCACAUUCGUCGUCAUCAUCAUUAGCGCUCGUCUCCCAGUUUCCCCUCGUGGUUUCCAGCCUCCUCGUACGGAGCAGCCCUCCCAACCAGAGGUUUCCGGGCACGAGACGGGAUGAGUGCAGAGAGACGACUAGUCCGACGACGACGACGACGAUCGAGCUGUGGGAAAUGGAGUUUGAGGUCUCCCUGGAGAACGAGCAGCAGUUCUGGGACGAACUUCAAGAGAUUGUUUCUACUCCUUGCACCUCCGAGGACCUCAUCGAUAAUGCGCUCCGGUCUUAUUUGAGUUUGGCCACGAAGUACAAAGAUGAAUACCUCAAUUCGCCGUUCGAGGUCUCGCGCUGCUCGUAUAAAUUACUCGCGUCGAGUAUCUUUACCGCCCAUGCGGACUACGUACGAAGACAGAUGAUAUAUGGCUUGUUGCAGGAGGAUGAUCCGGACACGCUACAUCUGAUCGUUUCGUUCCUUCUGUUCGAUGGCCGGCAGCAUGAGGAGUCCUUUCGCAUGAUGAAUGCGGAGGGUUCAUUCCCGCGAUUGCUGGAGCUCUUGCAAGUCUACAAAAUAAAGGAUGGGGAGAAUCAGGCCGCGCUUCAUCGCAUGCUGAUGGACUUGCUGUAUGAAAUGUCCAGAAUCCAGCGGAUCAGAAUUGAGGAUCUCGUACUUGUCGACGAUGACUUUAUUAAGGGACUUUUUGAGAUUAUCGAAGAUCUCUCCUACGAUGUCAGCGACCCCUACCAUUAUCCUGUGAUUCGCGUUUUGUUGGUUUUUAACGAGCAGUUCAUGAUUUCAGCGCAUGAUCCUGUGGACGAUAAAUCGUCGAGUCCGUUGACCAACAAGGUCAUCAAGGUCUUGGCCAUGCAUGGAAAUCUCUAUAAGACUUUCGGCGAGAACAUUAUUCUCCUCAUCAACAGAGAAG